UUCACUUCACCGCCGAGAAAAAAAAAAUCAUCGCGGAAAAAAGCAACAGUACAAUGAAUUAAAAGGGUUUAACAAGUGCAAAUUUAAUUAACGAUGACAAGGAUGUAAACAAAUAGACCAUAACGUCAACAUUCUCCGCAACAAGAAACAUUCUCAACAUUAACUUCGGAAAAUUUGGAAAUAUAAAAGGUCACCCAGAAUGUCACCCCGUGACGCUGCGGACACAGACACUGAGGCUCAUUUCAUCACCAUGGACAGCGCUUAUGAAAUCACGGCACAUUACAAAUCAUUCACAUAUAAAUUCAUUAGCAUCAUCAAUCUACAAUACAAUUUCAAAAGUUACACAAAGCUUGUAAUACAAAGACUAUUUUUUAAAGUUGCAAUGAAGUGCAAAUGCCUCUCCAUGCGCAAUUACGCAUAGCGCAAUGAAUACCGAUGUCAAGUAAAUUGAAGUCACAAUUUUUACUACUAUACCUCCUUAAUUCUCCACAGGGAAAGGGACAGACAAGUGAACAUGAGGAGAAUAAAAACCCUCUGAAAAAUCCAACCACACACUUAUGAUACGUUUGAUACAUUGAUUGAUUGAUUGAUUGAUUGAUUGAUUGAUUGAUUGAUCACAUACUGAAUUUAAGGCAAUUUGCGCUGGGACAACCUCCGCAAUAAAUACAAAUUCCCAAAUGAGAAAAACCGAAGGGGAGUCUUCUCCGAUAAAAGACUUCCCUGAAGGCAGCUCCAGUGUGUCCCCGCUCCUCACUCCUGAGAAUGAGAGAAUUGGGAUGACCUGCAAUGUGGUGGACAGGACCAACUUCCGGUCCAAGAGACGUGAAAAGCACCUUUAGUGUUUUAACAGAUGUGAGACAAGUUUUGCAGCACUGCUCACAUGAAUGUUACUUGCCAUGAAGUCAGCCCACUGGAUACACAGUCAGCAUUCAAACUUCAUCCAAUCAUUCAGUCCUUCAUUUAACUUUAACUGGAGUUAGUACAAUUCAGUGCUUUAAAACAACAAGGUAGAAAUAUCAAAACAGUAAGGCAAUUAGUGGUGAAUGCUCACGUAAAAGAUUAGAUGAAUAAAAGUGAGCUUAGAAUGAAACAAGUGAAACAAUAUUAAAGCAAACCAUGAAAAAGUCAAGACAAUUAUUUACAACAAUAAUUAACAACAAUUAUUAACAUAAUUAUUAGGCUACGGCUUAGAGCUCAGUUAAAUGGAAAAGUUGUCUCAUAGCAAAAAAAAAAAAAAAGCCGUUACAAGUAUAGAGUCAUAUUCAAAAUAUACAAGAGGGCUUUCAGUGGAAACUGUGACUAGGUGUUUAAAAGGAAGUCUAUGUGGUCUGUUAGACCAGAGUGUCACUGCUGUCGUGUACAGGAAAAAAGACAGAGGAACAUGAGGUCUUUCUGGAUUACGAUGCCUUUUGUUGGAUUUAUCGCUACGGCUAGUUUUUGGAUGCUGUUGGUGACUGCAGUUGAGGUCCAACUUGUCAAGUUUGGUUCAACAGUCACUCUGGCCUGUAACAUCUCCUACCUUUACGAGACAACAUGGUUUAAGCAAAACCCAGAUGUCCCCCCUGCUGUGGUUCUCUCUGCCAGCCUCAAAGAGGGACAGGCAGUCCAAGGGUUUCAGCUUUGGCCACGUUUCUCAGCGAAGAUGAUGAACCGAUCUCUGGCAAUGACGAUCGCUGACGUUGAGGAAGGAGACCUGGGGCUAUACUACUGUAUUUCCAAUGUAAACACACGUUUAACAGUUGGGAGUGGAACAAUGCUUCAAGUUGCAUCUUCAGGUUCCUAUCAGCUUCUGAAUAACCACUGGUACUGUAUGGUUUUUGGAUCUGGGCUGCUGAUCAUGACGCUGGCUAUUUGUAUCAUCCACUUGAAAGCCAAGUCAAACAAGGUGACCAUCAACAACCCCCACCCCCACUGCUAAUAGUGCCUUAAAAAGACAAAACCACCGUAAACAACAACACCUAGGGUGGCUAGCUUAAUAGAUCCUUUUCACAGCAGACAUUUGAACAUGUCACAGCAGGACAAACACAACUCUCACCACUAACAUUAAUGAAGGCCUUGAAACUGCAUCAUUAAAUGGAAUGCAGCCUUGAUGAAAUAUCUCAAUCACACAUGUGCCUCUUAAGAUAUGUUGCAUAUAAAUCUGAUCCAGAUGUUUCUUUCAUUAACUCAAUAAACCUCCAAUGAUUAUUGAUCAUGUUCCACACAAAAGAACAACACAAUAACAACAUCAAUAACUAUAUCAAAGAAAUGAACAAGUUUUGACCUCAGAUCAGAUUUUCUGACUGUACCUGAAAUACGAGUCAGAUCUAAAGCAGGUGCUAUUGGCUACUUUGGUCCUGCCUGCUGGAACUUUUUCCAUGUUCAGAAGCAAACUAAAAACUUUGUUUUUAUUUUAGAUAUUGUAAUGUAAUAUACAGAUCAGUGCUUGUAUUUCUGCCCGAGGAGUAGAUACAGCUGUUAAUUUCUUCUAGAGGGUGGUAUUGGGUUGUAUUUUCGAUUGUAUUCUUGUUAUGUGCACUGUCAUGUAAAGGACCUGCAAUGAAAUCUGCAGCUUGGUGUGAUUAAUGAAAUGCUGUUUCAUGACACGUUGUUGUUUUUUCUUUAAUGUCUUUUUGUUUUAACCCUCAAGGCCACUGCAAUAGUCACACACAAACACACAUGAAACUUUUAUGUGUGUGUUUUUGAAUAGAAUGUAGGAAUUAUUAUUCUAUAUUUUCAUAUAUUUUACAUACAUUGUAUCAUAAUUUCAUUAUCUGCAAAUUUGCUUGACUUGAAAUAAGUCAAUUCUGCCUCUCCCCUGUCUCACUCUCUCUUUUUAUAUCUCAUACACACCCUUAACAACAAUAGCAAACACAAAGAACUGAAUAUAAAACUUAUAUAAAAUAAAAGUUAUAAAUUAACUAAAUAUAAAUGUCUCAUCAAGUCAAAGUCAUGUUUCCAGUUUUCCUGUGGUCUUUAACUCUCCUCCUGUUCCAUAUCCCCUUCCUGUCCUUGUGUGUUUCCUGCCACUGUGAGUGGCUGCCCCGCCCUGAUGUGUUACACCUGUGUCCAGUCAUCCCCCUCCCUUGUGUAUAUAGGGUGCUUCCCAUUUCACCUAAAUUGUUUCCACCUUUCCCUCUUGUGUCUUUUAUUGCAACUAGUCCUGCCCACUGCAAAAUUUAGGCUAAAUGUUUCAGGGAAAACUGAAAUGAUGUAAUAAAUGAAAGCCGUGCUCAGGAAUGAUCAGCCUCAAGUGUUUAAAUCAGACCAUGAAAAACUUUUUUUUUUUUUUUUUAUGUUGCCCUGGCUAAAAUUUGAAAAUGAAUUAAUGUAGAGACACCAGCCUCUAAUUAGUCUUGAAAUCGGUAAAACAUUUAUAUAAAUAAAGUUAAAAAAUCUAAUGAAAAUCUUAAUCUCUAUUGUUGCAAAGUACCACUGUUUGCUUGAAAUGCACCUGAGUCAGUGAGCCUUGCGCAUGUAUUCAGCCUUACAGUCCUUUGCUUUCAAACUGUUAGCUUUGCAUUUGAAGAAAUUUGGUAACAACAAGCCACGGUUAAAUCGCAUAGGAAUAGCAUAUGAAUUAUAUGCUAGCUGAUUGAUGUGAUUCCGGACAGGGACAGUUGUGACUGUGCGAGGACCGGGAAAGUUCCUCUGGGCACUGCAGAGGACAGUUUCCCUCCUGCUGGUGUGCGCCGCUGCUGGGGACUGUCGCUGCUGUUUUCUUCUGAGGAGGUUUAACUUCUGAGCGGGUUUUGAUCUGCUUCCUCUGGACAUCCAAUUUCCUGUUCCCCAUACUCACCUUGACCUCUGAUGGAUUAUUUGGCCAACAAUAACAACAUGCUCCUGGCUUCUGCCGUGGUGGUGUGGGAAUGGCUGAACGAACACGGCCGGUGGCGGCCCUACAGCCCCGCUGUCUCCCACCAGAUAGAGGCGGCCAUCCGGAGCAGCGACCCCCGCGGAGGGAGCGUGGUCCUCGGCCAGGUGGACAGCCGGCUGUCGCCAUAUAUAAUAGAUCUCCAGUCCAUGCACCAGUUCAGACAGGACACAGGAACCAUCCGUCCGGUGCGCAGGAGUUUUUAUGACCCAGCCUCAGCCCCAGGUCAGGGCUGGCAGUGGGAGUGGGAAAACGAUGCCGGUACGUGGACACCCUACGACAUGGAGGUGGCCAUUGCCAUCGAGAAUGCCCACAACCGCAAGCAGCCCUGCCUUGAUCUGACACCACUCGGCUUCUGCUACCUCAUUGACUUCCAGAACAUGACACAGGUGAAUAGACAGAGCCAGAGGUGUCGCAGGCUCCAGAGACGUGCUGACAUGACAUACCCUUUAGUGUCUGGUCCUCUCCCAGUACCCAAAGGAGGAGGUGUAGGAGGGGGUGGAGGCCUAACAGGAGCCCUGCUUGGUGUCGGAGUGUCGGGGACCGGUUUGGGGAUUGGUAGCUCUGUCUACCCCAAUGGGGGCUUACCAACGACUGGACUGGGCCAACCUUGUUCCUGUCAGCAGUGCAUGCUGGUCCUUAGUGUGAAGACCAACACUGGAGGAGCAGGGGGAGGAGGAGCAGGCAUACAAACUCUAGGUAGACGCUCACUAACCAUGCAGCGAACCAAGAAUACAGCAUCCAUCACCUCCAAACCUUUGAGUCCAUCUAAAUCAGCCACUCUAGGACAAGGACAGCAGCAGAACUCGAAUUCCAACUCCAACUACUAUCAGACGCUGCCACACGGCCUUGCCAUUUCCAGAAACACUGCCUCUCCACGAAGGAACGCCCAGCUCUUUGCUCAGUCGUUGGCUGCCCUCACUGCCGGCACCUCCUCUCUGGGUAUCUCCUCGUCUGUUAACAGGCCUCCUCCGCCAUCCCUACCACCUCCUCAGCCUCCAUCAUCCAACCCAAAUGUGAAUCCUCCGUCCAUUCCACCCAAGCACUCCUCGUCAGCCAGUGAACCGGUGCCAACGGGAACAUUAAUUUCCCCUGCCAGCAGUGUGACCACGCCCCCCUCUCCUGUGCCCUCUCCGUCGCCAGUGGUGAUGAAGCCACAGCGCACGCCUUCAUCGGCAGCAAAUGUGUGCCAUGCUCCGUUACCACAGAGAUCGAGCUUAGCUGGACUGAGCAGACCAACGUUACAGAGGAUUGCAAUGGCCCAGUCCAGAGCGCUAAUAGCAUCAGGUGUGCCCACCGUCCCUGUGAAGAACCUCAAUGGAUCCAGUCCUGUUCACCCUGCGCUGGCUGGGAUCACAGGUAUCCUGAUGAGUGCGGCGGCUCUGCCCGUGUGUCUGACCAGACCUCCUAAACUUGUGCUGCACCCUCCGCCUGUCAGCAAGAGCGACAUCAAACCCGUACCAGGCUUUGGCCACUGCUGCAGGAAGACCACCAAGAAACAGGCUCGCAAGGGUAAAACUCCAGAGGAGGUUGUAAAGAAGUACCUGCAGAAAGUGAAAAGUUCACCAGAGGAGGACUGUACCAUCUGUAUGGAGCCGCUGGGGGGUCCGUCUGGAUAUAAGGGUCCAGGGGUGGGGCCUGUGUCUCGGGCAGAGUCAGUCGGGCGACUAACACAGUGUGGACACCAGUAUCAUUUCCAGUGUCUGGUGGCCAUGUAUAAUAAUGGCAACAAGGAUGGCAGUCUUCAGUGUCCCACCUGUAAAACCAUCUAUGGCGUAAAGACAGGCAACCAGCCAGCAGGGAAGAUGGAGUACCACGUCAUCCCUCACUCUAUACCAGGGCAUCCUGACUGCAAAACCAUACGCAUCAUCUACAACAUACCACCAGGCAUUCAGGGACCAGAGCAUCCGAACCCAGGAAAGCCCUUCACUGCCAGAGGCUUUCCCCGACACUGCUACCUCCCAGACAGUGAGAAAGGACGCAAGGUACUCAGACUGCUCCUGGUAGCGUGGGACCGCAGGUUGAUCUUCUCAGUUGGUACUUCAAGCACUACAGGAGAGUCUGACACCGUCAUCUGGAACGAGGUCCACCAUAAGACAGAGUUUGGCUCCAACCUGACGGGCCACGGCUUCCCCGACCCCGGACACCUUGACAAUGUCCUGGAAGAGCUGCGAGCUCAGGGCAUCGAAGAGGACGAUGGACUGAUGGAAAAGUGAAAGGACAAGCAAGAAGGAGGAGAUAUCCACGUGAGAGCAGUAAAAUGGGUGGCAGAGAGAACGAGGAGUAGAGGAAGAAAAAUCUGGCCUAACCACGAAAAUAUGAGAAGCAGGAGACCGCGGACUGAGACACACUCUCUCUGCCAGCACUUAAAAGGGGUGCAGGGGGACAUUUUGGGUUACACAAGACGUUUUCAAGCAAGCACAUCAACAGAGGUGAGAGGGAGUCUGAGGAAGCUGCGGUACAGAAAGAAAAGUCCCGUGGAGCACGAGGAGGCGAUGAAACCAGCAGCAGGAAUAAUGACACUCAUGGUCUUAGGUACUAAACAGCUAGGUACUAAAUCUGGACAAGUGCGAAUGAAUCAGUACUAACCUUUAGGACAAAAACAAGUUGGCUUUACUGAGAGAAAGAGUAAGAUGUUAGAGCAGUUCAAGGAAAACUGGAAAAGAAAGGACAAAGAGAGAAAGCGUUUGGAGCGGUGGGGGAGGGGACGGGUGAAAGGAGAGCAGGAAUGACGUAGCAGAAAGAGAGAAAGGUGGUGUACGAAUGUAGCCUAGGAUAGGUGUAGAGGAAAUCUAACUUGUAUGGUACUUUAGCUAUCACUGAAAAACACAAGGAAACGAAAAAGAGGGAUGAAGGUUAAGAGAGACAGACGGUGCGCUGGUGUUCCGACCACCUGCUCGUCUGUGGGUGAAGUUUAGUGCUGCUACUCCCUCCUGUGGUGACAGCAGAGGACUACAGCUCAUCCUGCUCACUACUGGGACAAAUCAAAAUGUUACUAUGAGUUAUCCACCUGUGUUACUUUUUUAUUAUUACUAUAAUCCUCAUGUAUCAUCAUUCCAUACUUUUGACUUGAUGGGUUUUAUAUGACCUAGGCUUUGUAUGUUUUCGACCAAACGAAGGCUUGUUAUUUGAGCCUAUUUGGAGUCUUACUAUUGAGCCACAGUGGUACGCGUUAACAUUAGAUACACAGGUACCAGUAUUUACUUACAUAUGUUUGAUUUUAUUUUUGUCUCUUUCGAUGGUUCAUAUGGUUUCGGUGGAUGGGGCACCAUUGAGAGAAAAGUGAGAUGUGAAUAAAAUGUGAUGAAGGUGAGCAGUUUGGGGGGUUUGCCUUGGACUUAAAUGCUGAGGAUUUGCUUUAAGGCCUCAGGUUUUUAGUCGUAGUUGAAUGAGCUUCACUGUCAGUGCUUCAGAGAAAUGAACCGAUGUGCUGGUCUCAAAGCAGGACAGUCUUUCAGACUGAGCAGGGCGUUGAACAGUUGAGGAGGAUGGAGAAGAUAAGAUGUAGAUCUGAGGCAGAGGUCAUGGCCUGUUCUGCCCAAACACAAAGAGCAGAAGAAUCAAACCCUCAGUUCUCAAAUACAUUUUUGUUUUGAGUACCAACCAAUUCUGGUAGAAGCACAUGACUAAACAGGCCUCUGUUAAAAGGGACAGAUCACUGAAACACGGAAAUUCAGUCGUUAUCUACUCAACUCCAUGUUUGGUCCACAGAACAUUUCUGGAGCUUCACAGCCAAACCGUGUUGCUGCAGUCUUAAAACAUUUAAAAAAAAAA